GUUGAUGAAUAGAAUUUUCCUAUAUAUUUUUCUCCUGAACAUGCCGAUCGAACCCGGUACAUCACUCCCGCCAAACACACGCUCAAAACGCACGGUGGGAUUAAGCCCGCCAGUUGAACAGGUGCUAAAACCCUAAUUCUGUCUGUGCUCCGCAUCCACUCUCUUCAUUCUCUGCAACUCCAUUUUCUCCACUACCCUCGAUUAUCUCUCGUCGAAACCCUAGAUAGCGGAUAUGAGCUUCGCAGCAUACAAGAUGAUGCACUGGCCGACGGGGAUAGAGAACUGUGCGUCAGGGUACAUCACGCAUUGCCGUGCUGACCAUGCGCAACAGAUCCCUCCUAUGCAGUCUGACGACCUCGAUUCCGACUGGCCGGCGCAGCGUGGAAUUGGGCCCUUUCCGAACCUCGUCAUCACGGCGGCUAAUAUUCUUGAGCUUUACGUUGUUAGGGUUCAAGAAGAAGAUAGUAGGGAGUCGAGAGCUUCGGCCGAAGUUAAGCGCGGCGGUAUCAUGGCUGGUGUUCUAGGUGCCUCGCUUGAGCUCGUUUGCCAUCAUAGGUUGCAUGGUAAUGUUGAAACAAUGGCAGUAUUGUCCAUAAGCAGUGGUGAUGGUUCUAGGAGAAGAGAUUCUAUUAUAUUAGCAUUUCAAGAUGCAAAAAUUUCAGUUCUAGAGUUUGAUGAUUCAAUCCAUGGACUUCGUACGAGCUCUAUGCACUGUUUUGAGGGCCCGGCAUGGCUUCAUUUGAAAAGAGGUAGAGAGUCUUUUGCAAGAGGUCCAACAGUGAAGGUUGACCCUCAGGGAAGGUGUGGCGGUGUUCUUGUUUUUGGUCUGCAAAUGAUAAUACUUAAAUCUUCCCAGGCUGGUUCUGGGUUGGUUGGGGAAGAUGAUUCUUUUGGUUCUGGAGGUGCGGUCUCUGCCCGUAUUGAGUCCUCAUACAUCAUCAAUCUUCGAGAUUUGGACAUGAAGCAUGUGAAAGAUUUCAUAUUUGUCCAUGGUUACAUUGAGCCCGUGAUGGUAAUCCUUCAUGAACGGGAGCUUACUUGGGCUGGCCGUGUUUCAUGGAAGCAUCAUACUUGCAUGAUUUCUGCGCUUAGCAUUAGUACAAGUUUGAAGCAGCAUCCCCUCAUAUGGUCCGCAGUUAAUCUUCCACACGAUGCUUACAAGCUUCUUGCGGUGCCAUCCCCAAUUGGUGGAGUUCUUGUGAUUAGUGCAAAUGCUAUUCAUUAUCACAGCCAGUCUGCAUCAUGUGCAUUGGCUUUGAACAACUUUUCUGUUUCAGUCGAUAGCAGUCAGGAGGUGCCAAGAUCUAGUUUCAGCCUGGAACUUGAUGCUGCCAGGGCAACUUGGUUGUCAAAUGAUGUGGCCAUUCUGUCAACAAAAACAGGGGAACUACUUUUGUUGACACUUGUGUAUGAUGGGCGGGUUGUGCAAAGACUUGAUCUUUCAAAGUCUAAAGCUUCAGUACUUACUUCGGGAAUCACAACAAUUGGAAACUCCUUGUUUUUUCUUGGUAGUCGGCUGGGAGAUAGUUUGCUUGUGCAAUAUACUUGUGGAACGGGAGCAUCAAUCUUAACCUCUGGUUUGAAGGAGGAGGUUGGAGAUAUUGAAGGUGAUGCUCCUUCAGCAAAACGAUUGUGCCGGUCAUCUUCUGAUGCUUUGCAAGAUAUGACCAGUGGUGAGGAGCUCUCCUUAUAUGGUUCAGCUUCAAAUAAUGCAGAGUCAGCGCAGAAGAGUUUCUCAUUUACUGUUAGGGAUUCAUUGAUUAACAUUGGUCCUUUGAAAGACUUUGCAUAUGGUUUAAGGAUUAAUGCUGACCCAAAUGCUGCUGGAAUUGCUAAACAAAGUAAUUAUGAGCUGGUUUGCUGUUCUGGUCAUGGAAAGAAUGGUGCUCUGUGCAUUCUUCAGCAGUCAAUUCGCCCAGAAUUGAUAACUGAGGUUGAGCUACCCGGCUGCAAAGGAAUUUGGACUGUUUACCACAAGAAUGCACGUGGUCAUAAUUCUGAUUCUUCCAAGCUUGCUGCUGAUGAUGAUGAGUACCACGCAUACUUGAUUAUAAGUUUGGAGGCUCGUACAAUGGUACUAGAAACAGCUGAUGAUCUGCGGGAAGUCACUGAAAAUGUUGACUAUUAUGUGCAAGGGAGCACGCUGGCGGCCGGGAAUUUGUUUGGAAGGCGUAGGGUGGUUCAGGUUUUUGCACGUGGUGCUCGAAUACUAGAUGGUUCUUUUUUGACUCAAGAUUUAAGCUUUGGAGCUUCUACUUCAGAAUCUGGUUCAAAUUCUGAGAAUUUUUCUGUGUCAUCUGUUUCUAUUGCUGAUCCGUAUGUGCUAUUGAGAAUGACUGAUGGAACAGUUCAGCUUCUUGUUGGAGAUACUUCUAUUUGUACGGUGUCUGUAAAUGUUCCAGCUAUAUUUGAUGGCUUGAAGAAAUCUGUAUCUGCAUGCACACUUUAUCAUGAUAAAGGAGCUGAGCCAUGGCUUCGGAAAGCAAGUACUGAUGCGUGGCUUUCUACUGGCAUUGGUGAAGCUCUUGAUGGGGCUGAUGGUGCUCCACAUGAUCAGGGUGAUGUAUACUGUGUUGUUUGUUAUGAAACUGGCGCCCUUGAAAUAUUUGAUGUGCCCAAUUUCAAUUGUGUUUUCUCUGUGGAUAACUUCAUAUCUGGAAGGACCCAUCUUCUUGAUACUUCUAUCCUGGAAUCAUCCAAAGAUCCUCAGAAAGCAAUGAACAAAUAUUCUGAAGAAGUGGAGAGCCAAGGCAGGAAAGAAAAUACACAGAAUAUGAAGGUUGUUGAAUUGGCCAUGCAAAGAUGGGCAGGACAGCAUAGUCGCCCUUUUCUUUUUGGGAUAUUGACUGAUGGCACUAUACUGUGUUACCAUGCUUACCUAUUUGAUGGUCCAGACAGUCCUAAAAGUGAGGAUGCGGUAUCUGCACAGAGUUCUGUUCAACUCAGCAGUAUAAGUGCCUCUAGGUUCAGAAAUUUGAGAUUUGUCCGUGUCCCUUUGGACACCUAUUCAAGGGAGGAGACAUCAACUACAACCCCAUGCCAAAGAAUCACCAUUUUUAAAAACGUUGGUGGUUAUCAAGGGCUUUUCCUUUCUGGAUCAAGACCAGCCUGGGUCAUGAUGUUCAGGGAACGACUUCGAGUUCAUCCACAGCUAUGUGAUGGAUCCAUUGCUGCUUUCACUGUUCUUCACAAUGUAAAUUGUAAUCGUGGGCUUAUAUAUGUUACUUCGCAGGGUUUUUUAAAAAUUUGCCAACUUCCAUCUGUAUCAAGCUAUGACAACUAUUGGCCGGUGCAAAAAGUUCCACUAAAAGGCACUCCACAUCAAGUCACCUACAUUGCUGAGAAGAAUUUGUAUCCACUUAUAGUUUCAUUUCCUGUUCUUAAGCCAUUGAAUCAAGUACUUUCAUCUUUAAUAGAUCAAGAAGGACAUCCAAUUGAGAAUGAUAACUUGAAUUCUGAUGAACUGCGCCAGACAUAUGCAGUAGAUGAAUUUGAAGUGCGGAUAUUGGAACCAGAAAAAUCUGGAGGCCCAUGGCAAACCAGGGCUACAAUUCCCAUGCAGAGCUCUGAAAGUGCAAUAACCGUGCGGGUUGUUGCACUUUUUAACACAUCUACAAGAGAAAAUGAAACACUUUUAGCAGUUGGAACAGCCUAUGUUCAAGGGGAGGAUGUUGCUGCAAGGGGACGGGUGCUUCUGUUUUCUGUUGGAAGAAAUACAGAUAAUUCUCAAAAUUUGGUUUCAGAGGUUUACUCAAAGGAAUUGAAGGGUGCUAUAUCUGCAGUAGCCUCUCUUCAAGGUCAUUUGCUGAUAGCUUCUGGACCUAAAAUCAUCUUACACACGUGGUCUGGUUCUGAGUUGAAUGGUGUUGCAUUUUAUGAUGCUCCGCCUCUCUACGUAGUGAGCUUAAAUAUUGUUAAGAAUUUUAUCCUUCUAGGUGAUGUCCACAAGAGCAUUUACUUUCUUAGUCGGAAGGAGCAUGGUUCUCAACUGAAUUUAUUGGCCAAAGAUUUUGGUUCGCUUGAUUGUCUUGCAACAGAGUUUUUGAUUGAUGGAAGUACACUGAGCCUUGUUGUUUCAGAUCAGCAAAAGAACAUUCAGGUAUUCUAUUAUGCACCCAAAAUGUCUGAGAGUUGGAAAGGACAGAAACUUCUUCUGAGGGCUGAGUUUCAUGUUGGUGCCCAUGUGACCAAGUUCUUACGGUUACAAAUGCUUCCUACAUCAUCUGAUAGAACUGCAGCUAAUCCAAGCUCUGAUAAAACAAAUCGAUUUGCUCUAUUAUUUGGUACCCUGGAUGGUGGCAUUGGAUGUAUUGCACCUCUUGAUGAACUGACAUUUCGUAGACUCCAAUCUCUGCAGAAAAAGCUUAUAGAUGCUGUUUCCCAUGUUGCUGGACUGAAUCCCAGGUCUUUCCGCCAGUUCCAGGCAAAUGGCAAGGCCCAUCGGCCUGGCCCUGAUAGCAUAGUUGACUGCGAGCUGCUUUGCCAUUAUGAAAUGCUCCCAUUGGAAGAACAGCUUGAAAUCGCUCACCAGAUUGGAACAACUAGAUUGCAGAUUCUUUCGAAUUUGAAUGACCUCUCGGCAGGAACAAGUUUCUUGUGAGUGCACACUGCCUCGGAGACAGCAAUCGGAUGCUUAAGUUUGGGGUCUCUUCAUUAUAAUUGUACCACUCGUAAUAUAUGACCUAAUGAAGCCCCCCUCCUCUCUUUUGGGUGUGGCUAAACUGGCCUGCUGUCUGUUAGUUAAAGGUGACCGUCUGCCCCAUUGUUGUAACUUGCUACCCCGCCACUGAAGACUGGUGGCCUGAUAUGUUAAAAUGUUUUAUGAAAAAUGUUAUGACGAUUUGUUAAUCAAUAUGCUCUCCUUUUAUUCUC